UUUGCAAGUAAUAUGCAAAAGCCUUGCAAUAAUUUAUUCAAUUAAAACGGAGUAUUUCUUUUGAUCGGGCAAUCUGCUCUGGUAGUUUCAAGGUGGCGUUGAGUCCUUUUCAGGAUUCGCUGCGCUGUUACUUGGAGGAGACGCCGGGGGGUUCGUAGGGGCAGAGUGGGUCGGGCAAGGCGGGGCGAGUGGCGACCCAUUUGGUAUGAGCGGGGACUACAAAGACAACGGGUUUGUUUGGCUCGAUGUUCCCAGGACAAGGGGCCGUAGAUCCAAAUCAGUUUGGCUCUUCUCUCGGUACAUGAGCAGGUAAGGACCUGGGAGCUCUGUUCAGUGCUCUCUGUGGCGGUACUGACGGUGCUGGAGGUGCUGGCGGUGCUUGCACUACCGGUGCUGGAGCCGGUGCUCAGGCCGGAAGUGGUGCCCCAGCAGGCGCAGCUGGGGUGGGAGCGGGACAAGAAAUGGAUUCGUUUGCAACGGGAGGAGCGCUGGGAGGCGCGGGAGCAGCCGGAAUGGCCGCCGGUAUGCUGAACCCUAUGGGACCGAACCGUCCGUUUGUACAAGCAUGACCCCUGUUCUGGUCAUGGAUCUUAUAAAGGGCCGCCCUAGACCGGUGCCGAUGGACAAUGCACAGGAAGCGGCGGCUAUGCGCGCCAUGGGCACGACCCCGGACCUGUUCUCCGACACUCUGGGUUACAAGAUUCAGCUGCAACAAAGCAUUCUGUUUGGGUGCGCGUUAGUGUCGGCCGCGCUCGGAGCGCAAGCGGGUUCAGUGUUAACAUGCCCGCGUAGAGAUCUGCGUUUUGAUGAACUUACUUGGACCGAAGAUCAGACAAACAAGAAGGGGAUACAUAGAGGGAACGUGUUGGCUGUUAACUGAAAGUACGAACGGUUUAACAACGUAUUGCAUGACCACAGGUAGCAAGGCCGAGGGGCUUACCCGCUUUCUGGAGAGUGACGCGGACAUCAUGAUUGUAAAUUUACUUAUGUGCAUAGAAGAUGGUGCUGAUUCUGACAUACUGCCAAGGGAGACUAUUGUGUUUAAAUGUGUUUAAAUUAAGCACUUUAAUGUGUUACCAUGGUCACUGUAGACUUCUAGUAGAGCCAUUUGGAAUAAUACCCCGAUUCAUAAACGAUGCCCUUUGUUAUGAUGACAAUGGGCGUACUGUCCUGUGAAGCGACUUAAAUGUAAAUUCAUUGUUUGAUAUAGAAAUUGAGCAAACCGAAGUACGACAUGAACGUGCAGGACCUUCACUUCCGAGUUCACAUAAUGGAAACAUUCAUAUAGUCACAGUUUUUUCUGUUCCCUGCCACUGCCCCCGUAUACUGCAAAGAUGGGCUUAACGACGUCGGCAUUGGCCCGCACCAGAUAUCGU